CGCCCCGCCAGCCCGGACUUUACCUCCCGGCCGGGCCCGCGUCGUUCCGGGCCAUGUGAGCCGCGGGGCCGGGCCGCGGGGCCUCACCGGCUGCGGGAUGGAGCGCAGGAAGGUCUUCGUGGCGCUCGACGUACUCUGCCUGGCGGUCGCAUCUCUGCCCUUCAUCAUCCUGACACUGGUGAACUCCCCGUACAAGCGAGGCUUCUACUGCAGUGAUGAUUCCAUCCGCUACCCCUACAAGGCAGACACCAUCACCCACGGUCUCAUGGCUGGGGUCACGAUCACCUGCACUGUUCUCAUUAUCUCAUCGGGGGAGGCAUACCUGGUCUACACUGAGCGCCUCUACUCCAAGUCAGAGUUCAACAACUACCUGGCUGCCCUCUACAAGGUGGUGGGGACCUUUCUCUUUGGGGGGGCCAUCAGCCAGUCCCUGACUGAUCUGGCCAAAUACAUGAUCGGCCGUCUCCGGCCAAACUUCCUGGCUGUCUGCAAUCCUGACUGGUCCAAGGUGAACUGCUCCAUCUAUGUGCAGCUGGAGAAUGUCUGCCAGGGAGAGAGCAGGAACAUCACCGAGUCCAGACUGUCCUUCUACUCGGGACACUCCUCCUUUGGGAUGUACUGCAUGAUGUUCUUGGCGCUCUAUGUGCAAGCCCGGCUGGUGGGAAAGUGGGCCCGGCUGCUGCGCCCCACCAUCCAGUUCUUCCUCAUCACCUUCGCCAUCUAUGUGGGCUACACCAGGGUGUCCGACUACAAGCACCACUGGAGCGACGUGCUGGUGGGGCUGCUCCAAGGGGCUCUCAUUGCCGUCCUCAUUGUCCGCUACGUCUCUGACUUCUUCAAGCACCGUCCCCCACGGCAGUGUGAGGAGAAGGACCCAGAGCGCAAGCCCAGCCUGCCGCUCACCCUGAGCGACCCCGACCACAAUCACUACAGCUACCGCGGCGCCCCGUGAGCCGCGCACGGCCCGCGCCGGACUGCAGACCUGCCCCUUGCCGUGCUCUGCUCCUGGCUCAGGGAUGGGGAUGCUGGCUCUAUAUUAACUGUUGGCUCCGUGGCUCUGGUGCCUCUGGCUGCCACAGGUGCCAGUGGGACAGCCCUGCCUGUUCAUGCUCCCACAGUGCUGUGGUGCCCAGCUCCCCAUGCCCGUAGUGCUGCUGUGCUUGCCGGUACCUGGUGAUGCCAGUGCCCUGCCUGUGGGAAGGGGAUGUCCUCAACCCCUGUGCAUCUGAGUCAUGCUCCAAAGCUGCUGUCCCAGCCCUCCACGUGGAGGAAGGGGAGGGAGGGGAGGGUGGCACGUGGGGAUGGAUUUAUUGGGCUGGCAAAGCACACUGAGCGAAGAGCAAACUCCUUGGCAAGUCUGAGUUUGCCUGUGCUGAGUGUGUGUUGUCCCUGUCAAAUUAUCCAGCCUUCUGAGUACAAAUCCUCACAGGCACAGAGAGAGGAGGACAACUGCUGGGCUAGCUAUACUUUUUUGGAAAGGAUUAAAGCAAUCCAGAGCUUUUCUUUGUUCCAUUGGUUACCUUCAAGAGCAGUCCUGCCCACCAGCAGCUGGUGCGAGCAGUGGGUGCCUGGGCAGGCUCUUCUCUGGCAGUGCCUGACGCUGCAGUCCUGGGUGUGAGGGCUGUUUGCCCCCUGCCUGCUUCAUGCCUGGCUUGGGCAAGGGGUUGCUCCGGCCUUUGUCGCUCCUGCAGCUUCAGCUGAUGCUUUAGGGUGUGUGGGGAACUAGGGAGACACUUUCUGUGGUAAAGGAAAAUAAAUGGGGAUGUGGAGCUGAAUACAGGAAGGGGGGGGCAAUGGGUAUGGAGCAGUCCCAUUGCAGACACGCAGCUGCCUCCAGCACUGGAGUGCUGUGGGUCUCUCUUUAAAAUUCAUGCAUUUUCAUUAUGAUGUGUUUUUAUAAAAAUGUUCAUAAUUAGAUCAUCCUUAAAGAA